UCCCAACCAAAUGAAUGGCCCUGUGAAUAUAUAACUGCGCCCAGAAAACCGUCGCAACGACCGCGUCUCUUGCGUUCUAGUAGGAAGCUAGAAUAGCAGGUAGCGCCUGGUGGCCAUGGCCACGGCGUCUGCAGCUUGUCAUGGCGGGGGGAUCGUGUACUACAAGGUCCUUCCGAUGAGCAUGUUCCUGCUGCUGCUCCGAGGGCUCGUGCAGCCGGUGGCGGCCGCGGCGUGCUCCGUGGACGCCAUCUACAGCUUCGGCGACUCCAUCGCUGACACGGGCAACCUCCUGCGCGAGGGCCCCGUUGGCUUCUUCGCCUCCAUCGGCAGCUACCCGUACGGCCAGACCCUCCGCAAACCCACAGGCCGGUGCUCCGACGGCCUCCUCAUCAUCGACUACUUCGCGAUGGCGCUGAACCUAUCGCUGGUGAGCCCGUACCUGGACAAGGGAGCCGACUUCGCCAGCGGCGCCAACUUCGCGGUGGCCGGGGCCACGGCGCUGGACCGGGCCGUGUUGCUGCAGAGCGGCAUCAUGGCUCCACCGGCGAGCGUGCCGCUCAGCUCCCAGCUCGACUGGUUCAAGGCGCACCUCAACGCCACCGCCUGCCCCUCGCUACAAGUAGCAGAUUGCGCCAAGAAGCUCGCCGGAGCGCUGUUCUUGGUCGGCGAGAUCGGAGGGAACGACUACAACUACGGCUUCUUACAGGGAUUCAGGUCGAUCGAGGCCAUGAAGGCCUACGUGCCACAGGUCAUAAACGCCAUAAUGGACGUCGCCAAGGAAGUGAUCGAGCUAGGCGCGACCCAGAUCGUGAUCCCGGGGAACUUCCCGAUCGGGUGCUCCCCGAGCUACCUCUCCCUCUUCGCCGCGUCCGGCGACCUCGACGACCGGGGCUGCCUCAGGAGCUACAACGCCUUCGCCCAGCACCACAACGAGCAGCUCCAGGCGGCCAUCGACGGGCUGAGGAAGGCCAACACCGACGUCACCGUCGUGUACGCGGACUACUACGGCGCCUUCAUGCACCUGCUGGACCAUGCUUCGCUCCUCGAACUCAAGCACAGCUUAGUUCCAGGGUUCGAGCAGGGCGCGCUCCUGCAGGCGUGCUGCGGGGCGGGCGGCGCGUACAACUUCAACAUGAACUCGAUGUGCGGCGCGCCGGGCACGACGACGUGCGCGGACCCGGCGCGCAACGUCAGCUGGGACGGCAUCCACCUCACGCAGCAGGCGUACAGGGCCAUCGCGCUGUCCCUUCUCAUGGAGGGGUUCGCGCAGCCGGAUGACGCCGUGCAAGAGAUCUGGAGCUGCUGACGUGCACCCGUUUUGGUUUCAUUGGGCCUGUACCUGCUAUCGAUACGUAUAUAUUUUUCCUCUAGACUAGAAUUUUGUACCUGCUAUUGAUCCAUGUAUAGGUGUUUGCAUUGUUCAUAUAUAUAAUAAUAACGUGGGAAAUUAGAAAUGGUUUAAUACGAA